CCCGGCAGGUCAAUAAAACAUGUAUCCUGCAGCUGUUCCACGUCCCCCUUCUCCUACGCCUUCAGUGCAGACGCUGUCAACCUUCAAACCACCUAUUAGGCCUGACUUUGGCAGCGUGGGGCGACCGAUCAAGCUGCAGGCCAACUUCUUUGAGGUGGACAUUCCAAAAAUUGAAAUCUAUCAUUAUGACAUAGAUAUAAAACCGGACAAAUGCCCAAGAAGAGUAAACAGGGAGAUUGUUGAACACAUGGUUCAGCACUUUAAAAACCAAAUCUUUGGAGACCGGAAACCAGUUUUUGAUGGAAGGAAGAACCUCUAUACUGCAUUGCCUCUUCCUAUAGGACGAGACAAGGUGGAACUAGAAGUAACUUUACCAGGGGAAGGAAAGGACAGAAUCUUUAAGGUGGUGAUAAAGUGGGUGGCAUGUGUCAGCCUCCAAGCGUUGCAUGAUGCACUUUCUGGUCGACUCCCAGCAGUUCCUUUUGAAUCUAUCCAAGCACUAGAUGUAGUAAUGAGACAUCUACCCUCCAUGAGGUACACUCCAGUAGGCCGUUCAUUCUUCACACCGUCUGAGGGGUGCUCUAAUCCCUUGGGAGGGGGCAGGGAAGUCUGGUUUGGAUUUCAUCAAUCAGUCCGGCCUUCAUUAUGGAAAAUGAUGCUUAAUAUUGAUGUAUCGGCCACAGCAUUUUACAAAGCCCAGCCAGUCAUCGAAUUCAUGUGUGAAGUUUUGGAUUUUAAAAAUAUUGAAGAGCAACAGAAACCCUUGACUGAUUCCCAGAGAGUGAAGUUCACCAAGGAGAUCAAAGGUCUCAAAGUGGAGAUAACUCACUGUGGUCAAAUGAAGAGAAAAUAUAGAGUGUGCAACGUUACCAGAAGAGCCGCAAGCCAUCAAACAUUCCCACUUCAGCAAGAAAAUGGGCAGACUGUUGAAUGCACAGUAGCACAAUAUUUCAAGGACAAGCACAAAUUAAGUCUUCGCUAUCCUCACUUACCAUGUCUACAAGUCGGACAGGAGCAAAAGCACACCUAUCUUCCACUUGAGGUGUGCAACAUUGUUGCUGGACAGAGAUGUAUAAAAAAACUGACGGACAAUCAAACCUCAACUAUGAUCAGAGCCACUGCAAGGUCUGCACCCGACAGACAAGAUGAGAUCAGCAAACUUAUGAAAAGUGCUAGUUUUAACUCUGACCCAUAUGUUCGGGAAUUUGGAAUCGUCGUGAGAGAUGACAUGACUGAUGUACCUGGUCGAGUUCUUCAAGCGCCUUCUUUACUAUAUGGCGGUCGGAACAAAACCGUUGCUACUCCUAUUCAAGGCGUGUGGGACAUGCGGGGUAAACAAUUUCACACUGGCAUUGAAGUCAAAGUGUGGGCAAUUGCCUGUUUUGCUCCCCAGAGGCAGUGUAGAGAGGACACACUCAAGGCAUUCACUGACCAGUUAAGGAAGAUAUCAAGGGAUGCCGGGAUGCCAAUACAAGGCCAGCCUUGUUUCUGCAAGUACGCUCAAGGAGCGGACAGUGUGGAGCCAAUGUUCAGGCACCUGAAGAACACCUAUGCAGGACUUCAGCUGGUGGUUGUGGUCCUUCCAGGGAAAACUCCAGUUUACGCUGAGGUCAAGCGUGUUGGUGAUACACUGCUGGGAAUGGCGACCCAGUGUGUCCAGGUGAAAAACGUGCUGAAAACUUCCCCUCAAACACUUUCCAACCUUUGCUUGAAGAUCAAUGUGAAGUUGGGAGGCGUCAAUAAUAUCUUGGUGCCACAGGGAAGACCAGCAGUGUUUCAGCAGCCAGUAAUAUUUUUGGGAGCAGAUGUAACCCACCCACCAGCUGGGGAUGGGAAGAAACCUUCCAUUGCUGCAGUUGUGGGUAGCAUGGACGCACAUCCAAGCCGUUACUGUGCCACAGUGCGCGUGCAGCAGCAUCGGCAGGAAAUCAUCCAGGACCUGGCGUUCAUGGUGCGAGAACUCCUCAUCCAGUUUUACAAAUCCACUCGCUUCAAACCAACCCGCAUCAUAUUCUACAGGGAUGGAGUCUCGGAGGGACAGUUUCAGCAGGUGCUUCAUCACGAGUUGUUGGCUAUCCGGGAGGCGUGCAUUAAGCUAGAAAAGGACUACCAGCCCGGCAUCACAUUUGUUGUGGUUCAAAAACGGCAUCACACCAGGCUUUUCUGUACUGACAAGAACGAACGGGUUGGCAAAAGUGGUAAUAUUCCAGCAGGCACUACAGUAGACACAAAAAUAACCCACCCGUCAGAAUUCGACUUCUACUUGUGUAGUCACGCUGGUAUUCAGGGAACAAGCAGACCAUCUCACUACCAUGUGCUUUGGGACGAUAACCGCUUCAACGCAGAUGAACUUCAGAUCCUCACAUAUCAGCUUUGCCACACGUAUGUCCGAUGCACACGAUCUGUGUCCAUCCCUGCCCCAGCCUAUUACGCUCACUUGGUGGCUUUUCGUGCCAGAUACCAUUUGGUGGACAAGGAACACGAUAGCGCUGAGGGGAGUCACACAUCUGGACAAAGCAAUGGAAGGGAUCAACAGGCCCUGGCCAAAGCUGUACAGGUUCACCAGGACACACUGCGCACCAUGUAUUUUGCUUGACAGAUGUCCUCAUUUGGGAUUUCUGAACAGAGCUGGGCUAAGACCAGGCCACCUGCACUUAUAUUCACCCUCUUCUCACGGGCAGUGGUGAUGAACUUGAGCAGUUCAAUGUUUCUGUUGAUGUCUACAUUUGCAGUACCCUGUAGGCCUCUCUCCUUGUGAGGUGAAAUGUUAUGUGGCUAUUAAUUUACAAAUCACGUUGCCUGUACUAUUUCACCUGAAAAGUGAAAGCGUGGAAUAUUUGUGGACCUACAGUAGUGUCUCAGCUUAGUACACACAGUCACUAAUGGAAGGUAAAUAAAUGCAACCUAAUUGUGCAUUAGACAAGAAACUAGGUUAAAUUUAAGCCUAGUUUUAAAAAGCUUUUUGAUUAGAGAAGAUGAAAAAUAUAUUUUCUUGAACUUUCAUAGUGUGCAUUAGAAACUGCAUAUUUCGAUGGAGGUGUGUUAUUUAGGGCAGCAGUGUUAGUGGAAGAUCAUGUUGGCUCUUUAAAGAUACAGUAUCCCUAUUGUUGGUCUCAAAACAGAAACUGAACAUAAAGCAGCAUUCCUUCAUUAUGUCUGGAGUUUUAUCCAGUGAAUUCAAAGACUACUGUAAUACAGUACUGUGAAACUUGGCCAACUUUCUUAUGAAUCCCUAGGGUCUCUUAACGUUGAAAGUAAUUUUGUAAAGAAACUAGAUUCUUUUUUAAUGAACGUACAUCUUUAUGGCUAGAAUUAGAACUAUAUUGUACAGACUUGACUCAGCAUCUCUGAAAAUGUUAAACUGAGAAUGCCAACAGAAGGAAUGCAGUCUCUUUAAGGUGCAAUUUUGAGAGGAACGUGCUUGAAGCAAUUUAUCUUUGGAGACAAUCUUAUCAAACGUAACUAGAACUGAUUGACACUACUAUUUUUUAAACAAAGAAAUGAAGUCUCUGAUAUUUUUGUAGGAUACUGCAAAUUGUUUAGUUCUCAGAUCUCUUGAUAACAGUAAAACCAGGGAUUGAACAAAGUACUGGCUGCCAUGGUGGGCCUGUCAUGUGGAGCAUAAGGAUUUUAUCAUGGCAGCUGUUCUCGCUUUUCAUUUUGAAUCGUGAGUAGAAAGAAAAGAACCAGUUUGAUGCCAUAAAACUAAGGAAAGAGAGAAUGAAGUGGAAUCUUAUUUUAAAAAGUAAACUACCUCGUGGUUACCCUCGUCCCAGCAAAAAAUAGAGAGCGAGCACAUCUCUUAUCAUGUUGGCAGGACAGUUCAAAGAUGGUGCUAGGUUUUUUUGCCACGAGACAAACCUUUUGUUAUGGUAGUCUGAAUCUGCGCAAACCGAUGCAUGAAAAUUGCCCCCAUCCGACCCCCCACAGUGAGGCACAGCCUUUCUGUACCGUAUAUAUUCCCUAACUUUAUUCCACAGCCUCUGUGCACUUAUUUGAUUGAUUCAAAAAUCACUGUAUGAUACAUAAUUCUUUAACAUACCUCAAAACAUUCGUGAGCUUCAAAUGUCAACUAAGAAGGUGCAACUAUCGUAAAAUUUUAGUGUAAGGCAGUUAUGUUUGUGCAGCCAUGAAAUCUAGCUGAUAUUUUACCUGUCGUAGACCUUCCAGACUCUUUUAUCUGUUUCGAUGUAACAAACAUGAUACCGGCUACAGGCCACAUAUAACUGGAACAGUUGGGCAAAAGCAGUUUGCCUACUUGUGUGUUUGAACAUAUGAUGCCAGGGCAAAGUGCUGCCAGUCACAUUAGGAAUCUGACAAUUGUGGUGAACUGGUUCAGACAUUUUAAUGUGUUUUUUAAUUUAUGAAAUAUGUAUUUUGUGACUAGACUGCUGAAAAAUGUCAAAUGAAUUCUGAGACGCAGCAUGUUGUCUGGUUUCCCCCCCUCCCCUCCCCGCUUGAAAUGCAGUCAUUUUAUUAUGUUUCCAAGUUAGAAGUUGAGCGGGGACAAUAGAAAAGAAUUGUAAAAUGUAGUUCAUUCUGUGGAUGCUGCAGAAGCAGCUGGUAAAUACAUAACAAAUGCAGCACAGCUUUAUUGGCAUUCAGUAGUUGCCACACUGGAGCCUUCCAACUCCUGACCCUGAAAUCAGAGUUCAAGUCCUCAAUCUUGACUGACAUUCACACUCAGGCCUCUUCUUCUGCUCAAGUUUUAAAAGUCUUGACUUGGUUUUCUGAGGGGACGGGGAUGAAAUCCUGCCUGCAAAUUGUGAGGGGAGUGGAAGGAGAGAGGUGCUUUCCACAAAACCUAAGCACUUCUGCUAACUCAUUAACUGAACAGAAGCAUUAACGAUGUCAAUCGCGAUUCCUGAUUGUGAACCAUACCACCCUUUCCAAUAUUGUGUGGCUACUCAAUUAAAACUACUAAAUUAUUACAAUUAAAACAAGUUGAAAAAUAGAAUGAAUACUCAGGGGUAUAAUGACUACAUUUGCUUUUUUUGUAAUUUAAAGGAUUGAGAACUAGGAGAGGUGUGUAUUAUCAAAACUGAAUUAUGAAGUAUGGCAUUAUCUUAUUGGAAUUCAGGUAGGCAGCUGAUGCAGUGUUAGAACUUGUCCCUUUCAAACUUGCUCGUACAGGCAUAUUAGUUUUAAUGAAUUGGUACAGUCCGUGUGUUUCUUUUUAUAUUUUAAAUGCAGAGUUAAGCUUUGUUACACUCUUGUAUGGAACGGCAAAGAAGUUUUGACCAAAGCUUUAUCUUAUCGAGCUCCUCUAUUGACUUCCUCACAUAGCUCCAGGCUUGAUCAGGGAGGGGUAGAAAAAAAGAUUUCUUAUACAGCGGUUUGUAAUAAGUUCCAUCAUAUUUGCAACACAAAAAUCGAAUAUCACCACUUUAGAACAUACAUAUAGUUAGUUAUCUGUAUUUUAAAGCAAACACAACAGCCUGGGCUGAAGUGAUUUAUUUUCCUGUUUAAAUAUUAUUAAAUGCUUAUUGCACUUAGGGUACGGACAUCAUGGAACAAAGUCAGCCUCAGAUGACUUGAAUUUUUUUAUAAAAAAGUAUAUAGAGUGUAAGUGGGCAAGUAGAUUCCUGCAUAUUUAAAGAUUAGAGAAUCAUAGGUGCUUUUAAUCAGUAUUUUCUGUUUUUAGCCAAACUUAAAUGACUGCGCUGAGCUAUUGUUCUAGAAUGGGACAAUCCUUAGAUGCUUAUCUGUUUCUUUUGUUUCUAGGGGUGGAUUAGGUUAUUGAAGUGUCCUUAGCUAUCAAGCAAUCUCUAACCAGCACUGUAAAAAAAAGUUUACACAUUGCUUCAAAGUUAUGGGUGCUAUUGCAAUCUAGCCCCUGCUAUUUUCUGUUUAUUCUUAGACAGUAUAUUUAUGGUGAUAACUGGCGUUGAAUCUGAGAACAUUCUGAUACUGUAAAGAUUUGCAGCGGUGAUCCCAGCAUGUUCUAUGCCAGCAAGAUUAAAGCAAUGAUUUUGUGAGAAGCUAUUACAUUAGCUGCCAUUCUAGAAACAAUUGAUGCUGCAAUUAGGUGAUUAAAUCUGCCUUAUAAAUUACUGCCAUUAGUGGCCAACUUUCAGUUUGGAUAGUUUAUUUUAACAAUCUACGCCAAAAAAGUAGAUAAAAGAACUAGAUUGUAAAGCAAUUUAAUUGGUAUUCUUAUCAGCAUGUGGCAGAAUUCAUCACAGGAAUUAAACUGCAGCGAACAUUUUAUGCAUAUUGAGAAAUUAUUUGUGCUUGUAAAUACAUCAGUGUAAAUGAUUCCAGUAAGGUGAAACAACUAAGAAUUUUUUUUAAAGUAAUAAAGUAGCAUGAUAUGAAUUGGUUGCAAAAUGUUUCUAGCUGUAGGUUACUUUAAAUGUCUUGCCACCUUUCAUACCUCACAUUUAUAUACGAGUAUCAUGAAACCUUUUCACAGCAGCGUUUUAAAAAAGAUCUCUAAGGCCAAUCAUUGACCGGGUUUUGAAAAUGCUGCUUUGGGAUCAGAGUGUUUGCUAAAUACAACAUCCAUCUUAGACAGCAUUUCUAAAUUGUAUUUGUCCUCCAUAAUUCAUAUACAAAACCUGCAUAUGUUGUACUAUUUAAAAAUUACUCGUGUAAAUUGAUGGAUCCACUGCACAGUCUAACUAUGGUUUAAAACACAGGUGAAUAAUGUGUAAAACACACUUGUAGUGCACUUUCUAUGAGCCUUUACAUUUGUCACAGUGGUGCUAAACAUUGUGCAUAAGCUGGAUCUUGUGUUUUUUUGCCGUUUUUAGAAAGCAUCCUCCAGAAAAAAUGUAUUAUCUUAGAAAAUACUGCUUAGAUGUCAGGAGCCAAUUGAUGUUUGUUUUCAAAAAAAAUUAGGGCAAAGAUAUUUAGUUAUCGACACUGUAUUAUGAAGAAAUCCAAGGACAUUCGCAACUUGAGCCUUUUAUUUAAAACCUAUAUUGUAUAUGUGCUGUAUAAUUUAAAGUUUUUAACCUUUUGAAAUUUACCAAAAAAGUUUCCACUCCAGUAACUAUCAUUUGAGUGAAGAAGUUGAAGACCGAGUUGUUAGAAUCCUAAACAUUUAGUCCAAUUUUUCAUGGGUUUUCCUCACCCUAAAAAUUACUAUGUCUAGUUUUAUAUUGUAAAAUGCUUAAAGCCAAGAUACUUCGCAGAAACCUCCAUUAUUCUGAAUCUUGGGGGUCUGAUUUGCGGUAUUUCUUAAUGGGGAAAUGCAGAGUUCCCAUUGAUCUGAGGAACUCGUGCUUUGAAGGAACAUCAUAGGAGCAGAGUUCAUGUGGUUCAGCAACAUAUUUCUAGUUACUGGAUUGAAUUGCAGGAUACAGUAUACUGUUUGGAAAUAAUAUACUAAAAUUUGACCUCCUUUACCUAAAGGAUAAGAUCUGGCUUGACGUGGGUCAACUCAAAUGGGCAACCUUUCUUUUGGGCAGGGAGAUAGAUCAGCACUGAAUAAGCGAAGUAUUCACUGAAAACAUCUUGUAAACUAUCUAGCAGCAGAUAGUCAAGAGUCCAAGCCUACAGUCUGUAACAUUUAUAUAGCUUAUACUGUGCUACUAUAAAUGUUAACAAAUACACCGUAACUUACCUUUUGACCUUACUGUGAUUUCUACAUUGUUGGCUUUAUAUUUUUAUUGUAGUUUUUUUUUACUGACUUGCCAUUAAUGGGAAUCCAGUGGUCUCGCAGAUAGGUCCAGAUCUUGCGCUUUCUGCUCUGUUCAGAAUUGCUGCCAGUUUUUUUGUUUGCAAAAUUUAACACUGUAACUUGUAUCAUGUGUUUGCUUAAUGUGAUCAGUCAUUUUUCCACUUUAAAGCUGUAGCUUUCCUUAUGACGAUGCAAGACAAAUCAGACUGUGGCAGCGGUUGUCAUCUGACAUCUCUGAUCUGCUGUUUGGAGAAUGAUAGGGGAUUUUUUUAAAUGAUAUGAACAUUUUGAGCAGUUGAACUAUAUCAAAUGUCUUGAAACACCUGACGUGUCCCUGGGCACUUACAAAAGAGAAAAAACACAAAUCCAAUGCAAAAACUACAUCUUCCAUCAAAAUUGUCAUGCAACAAAAAGGUGCUUUGGAAAUAACAAAUUCAGAAAACGAUCACUUUUGAAGUGUCAGUUAUCUUCUGUUUGUCUGUGAUCCGACUGAAGACCUCCCUUAAAUGUAUUCAAACUUUGGAGAAGAAAAUACAAGGCCAUUUAAAGUAGAAAUGAUGCUUUACAGACAGUUUCACUAAUAAAUAUAUUUCUUGGAAGUAAAAUGUUAAUUUACUUAGUUUCCUGGGAAAGAGGAGGUGGGUGGGGGAAGAGAGAAAGGAAUUUGGUGCCAAUGUGACUUUACAGCAUCAUAUACUCUUUGAUUGGCCUCCUUUCUAUUUAUUUAGUGUGUACUUUUUUUUCAAAAUGUGGGUUGGAAUUAUGUAUUUAAGGCAUGAUAAUUAUCAUAGAAAAUAAAACAAUUUCCAUGUAUUUUUGAUCCAGAUUAUCUUGAUAUUUCUUUUUCUCUACGCUUAUUCUCUUUAUUUCCCCCCACCUCCCCCCAAAAAAUCAGGUAUCAUUUCCACUCUAGCGUGUUCAAAAGAAAAAAAAUAAAUGAUUCAUGUUUGGGGAAAGGCAUUGGCAACAGGAAAAAGGAUUAAAAAACCAAUUGUGCUUUCUUACCCCUUUUCUAUUCUGGACCUUCCUCAAUGGAUUGGCCCAUUGCUGCAACUGCAACCUUAAAUUGCAAAGCAUUUCUCUGAGUUUAAAACGUAAAGACCAAAUGAGCAAUCUUUAUUCUGUUUUAAUUUUAGGAUUGAUGCAAAGUUAGACACACAAUUGUAAUUUGUUCUCCUCUCAAAGUUUAUUAUAGUGCUUUAUUUUUUUUCUUUGUGCCUUGUGUAAUCAUUCCCAUUGCAUUGUCAAGUCUGUUGACAGGGUUAAAUAGCAGUGCAUGACCGUAUUGUACAUAAACUGCUCAAAUGAACAAACCGGUUUAAAAGAAAAACUUAAUAUAUUUUGAGAAAUUGUAAAGCACUGUUAUUUAUGCUGCAUAAAAUGAUCAGUAUUGCACUUUCUCAGCAGUCACUUCUGCCAUAUGACAGCUGUUAACAGAAUAAAAUAAACUGUGGACAAACGAGGUGGUUCUGCACAAUGUUUUUUAAGAGAGAAAAAAAAUCCUACUCUUAAAUCCUUAAAUAGCAAAAGGAGGAUUUCAAUGCUUUCAAGUACCUCAAGAGCCUGACAUAUGCUGCAUUGAAAAGUUUUCUGAAUAUUUUUUGUUUUGAAUUGCACAAACUCAUCUACCUUCUGUAACUACUGCAUUUUACAAGAGUGAAGUUGACUUCUGGAGCACUGGUAGAAUUGGGCACAAAGUGGACUUCUAAGUAAUUUUAGUUCAUGCUUUAAGUUGCAUUUUAAAUCAAGUAGUUUUGAUCCUGAAUGCCAAUUUUUUUAAAAACCUUUUUAACCAGCACAGAUAAGGUUCUGUUCCUCAACCUAAUGUUUGUGGUCCAUUUGCGCUUGAAUGAGCAGUUUACACUCCUGUGGCGAUGAGCAUUAGCGUUGCUUGCAGUUUGUUUUACUAAUGUACUUCUCUUGUGUAAAUAAUUACAAUAGGUUACAAUUGUCCAUUCCCUUUGCGUCUUUUUAAAUGAGCUUAUCUAUGCUGUAACCCUGACAGGUUAUGUUGUACAAGUAUAUGAAAUUGUGAAUCUGAUAAGAUAUCGACUUUUUGACUCGCAGUAAUGGUAUUAGCAUUUUCUUAACAAAUAAACUUAUGUAUCUUUAA